UAUGUCAUUUCUGUCAACGUGUGUUGACUUGUCAGCUGUGGAAAAUAAAAGCAAUCAGUGUCAGCGUUGGAAAAGCAGAAAAGGCCCGAAAGGGUUUAGUUUUGUGAUUUAUUAUUGUGUGAUCCUGUUUAAACUUGUUAGCUUCUUCAUUUUAUACAAUAGUCGCAGCAUAUUUUCCGUUAACAAAGCUAGUCAAUGGUCAGAAAAGCUAAUGGUGAAGUUCCGUAUCAUAGGGCCACCCUCAGAGGAAACUCUAACAUCGUUAUGUCCGAAUGUGCAUCUGAUGGAACAUCACUUGAAGAUGCUGAAAAGUUAUCGGAGCUACUCAGCGUCGAGCAGAUAUCGAGAUUAUCGAAUACAACUAGCUCAUUAUCACAGCCAGUAUGUGUAGUCUCAAACAACACAAAUGCAAAGCCCAGUAUCUCAAUACCAGUGAGUAUACUCAUCGAGUCUCUGGUGAAAAACAUCUGUUCCAUUUACGAGGCAGAUCCUAACAAAGCAUCACUCAUGUAUAAUCGCAUAUGUGAUAAAUUGUACAGUAUGAACUUAUUAAGCGAAAGCUAUUCUAUGACUGAAUUCGAGGGUAUAAGGAGCCAGUACCAGAGAGCCCUAUUACAUCUUAUAUCUUCAACGAAGAAUGGUAGUAAAGAUAACAAUGUACCUGUCAAACCAAAGUGGCUGAAUUCAGAAGUGAAUUCGCAUUACAGAAGGGAGUUUGAUGAGGUGGAAUUCAUUGCAGGUGGAGGGUUUGGUCAGGUUUAUCGAGUAAAACACAAGCUAGAUGGUACAGAAUAUGCGAUCAAAAAGAUCCCCAUACGAUCCGAGGGGAUCCAGUCAGUGAGGACCUACUUAUCGGAAGUGAAGACAUUUGCAAGCAUGAACCAUCCAAACAUAGUCCAAUACAAAGGUGCCUGGCUGGAAAUCGGCGCUCCCUCUCACAGGGCAAUCACAGACAAGCCUGACCACGGGGAUUUGCAUGAGGCUAAUAGUAACACCAAGUAUAUUUAUCAUGAGUUGCAGUCGUUCACGGAAGAGAGGUAA